UGGAUAUAAAACUAUUGAGAAAGAUGCAUCCUAUCCAGUACUGGGAGCUUGGUGAUUCGUCCAGUAACAAAAGCCCUGAGUUUUGUGAUACAGGAGUUCAGGUGUUGCAAUCAGCAAGAAAUGUCCUUCCUGUGGAAAUCUGAAAAGCGAAGAAAUAAGUACUCAGUGCAGCCUGCAUUCUGUAAUCACUUAAACAUGACACGCACUUUGCAGACUCCAUGGUGCUCUGUCAUAACUUAUCAAGUUACAUGCAUUGAUCAUUUUCUGUAGGUAAUGGGAGCUGGUGACUACUACAGUACCAAGCACUGGGAGGUUUUUCCUCAAGAGUGAAUAGGCCUUUCACACCAGGAUUCCUUUGAGGCUCUGUUUCACUGUUAACUACUAAUUGCUAGUCUACAGUACAGGGCUUCAGUUAUAGUUGUGCACAAAGCAAUGUGGUGCAAAUAAGAUCCUGAUACACUGGAACUUGAGAAUUUAGAUAAUGGGCUGUGUGCAAUGCAAGGAUAAAGAAGCAGCAAAACUAACAGGCGAGAGGGACACCAGUGGAACCCCGAGCAUUGGCUAUCGCUAUGGCGCCGACCCCACACCCCAGCACUACCCCGGCUUUGGCGUCACGGCAAUUCCCAACUUCAACAAUUUCCACGCGCCCGUCGCACAGGGGGUGACUGUCUUUGGGGGGGUGAACUCCUCCUCUCACACUGGGACCCUGCGCUCGCGGGGGGGGACAGGGGUUACUCUAUUUGUGGCACUUUACGACUAUGAAGCCAGAACUGAGGAUGACCUUAGCUUUAGGAAAGGAGAGAAGUUUCAGAUACUGAACAGCACUGAAGGGGACUGGUGGGAGGCCCGGUCUUUGACGACAGGAGGAACCGGUUACAUUCCCAGCAAUUAUGUGGCUCCUGUGGACUCUAUCCAAGCCGAGGAGUGGUACUUUGGUAAACUUGGCCGUAAAGAUGCAGAGAGACAGCUCUUAUCCAGUGGAAACCCCAGAGGUACCUUUCUCAUCCGAGAGAGUGAGACCACCAAAGGUGCCUUUUCCCUGUCCAUACGUGACUGGGAUGACACUAAAGGAGAUCACGUUAAACACUAUAAAAUUCGCAAGUUAGACAGCGGUGGGUAUUACAUCACAACCCGAGCCCAGUUUGAAACGCUUCAGCAGCUGGUGCACCACUAUUCAGAGCGAGCCGCCGGUCUGUGCUGUCGCUUAGUGGUGCCCUGCCAUAAAGGAAUGCCGAGGCUGGCUGACCUGUCUGUCAAAACCAAAGACGUGUGGGAGAUCCCUCGGGAGUCCCUGCAGUUGAUAAAGAGGCUCGGCAAUGGGCAGUUUGGGGAAGUUUGGAUGGGCACCUGGAAUGGCACCACUAAAGUGGCUGUGAAGACCCUGAAGCCGGGCACCAUGUCUCCAGAGUCCUUCCUGGAAGAGGCUCAGAUCAUGAAGAAGCUGCGGCACGACAAGCUGGUGCAGCUCUACGCUGUGGUGUCCGAGGAGCCCAUCUACAUCGUCACCGAGUACAUGUGCAAAGGAAGUUUGUUAGAUUUCUUGAAAGACGGAGAAGGGAGGGCACUGAAGUUGCCAAACCUAGUGGACAUGGCAGGACAGGUUGCUGCUGGCAUGGCAUACAUUGAGAGAAUGAAUUACAUCCAUCGAGAUCUGCGGUCCGCCAAUAUCCUGGUGGGGGACAAUUUAGUGUGCAAGAUUGCUGAUUUUGGGUUGGCAAGACUGAUAGAGGACAAUGAGUACACUGCUCGACAAGGUGCAAAGUUUCCCAUAAAAUGGACCGCUCCAGAGGCUGCACUCUACGGCAAGUUCACAAUCAAAUCAGAUGUCUGGUCCUUUGGAAUUCUCCUUACAGAAUUAGUGACAAAAGGACGAGUACCUUACCCAGGAAUGAAUAACCGCGAGGUGCUAGAACAGGUAGAGCGGGGAUACAGGAUGCCCUGUCCCCAGGACUGCCCCAGCUCACUCCACGAGCUUAUGGUCCAGUGUUGGAAGAAGGACCCCGAAGAAAGACACACCUUUGAAUAUCUGCAGGCUUUCCUAGAAGACUACUUCACCGCGACCGAGCCACAGUACCAGCCUGGAGACAACCUCUAAAGCCACCUCCCUCCUCCCUUGUUUGUUCAGUUACAGACUGUGCUCUUCAGGUGAAUCCCUUGUAGCUUCCAGUGCCAUGACUUUUUGCCUAAAAUAAAAAAGGGAAAUUCCCAGUACCUGAGACUUGUACAGCUUCCAGUGAUUUCAACCAUUGCCACAGUCUUUAAACACCUGAAAUCUGUUUAAAUGAGAAUAACUAAAGGACUGGUUGACCAAGAGGUGUGGGUGCUUUUCUUUGGGAGGGGCUGGGGAAUAUGAAGGAAUUAUAAAGAUGAAAUGUCUUUAUUCAAUGUAAAUAGUAAUUGCUUGUUUACUUAUCCCUUUUUUGGUCUUGUUUUUUUUUUUAUCUAAACAAUUUAAUGUACAUUUGUCUAGACUUCUCGAGUCUUGAUGUAUAAAGAAUCCACUGUUCUUCCUUGGCUUUUAGUAAACUAUUUGCUUUUAACUAAAGUAUUAUAUUAUGCUGUAUAAGGCAUGCUGUUGCCUCAAUUCCCAGUUAAAAAAAAAAACAACCCUGCUAUGCUCUAGGA